AUGCAGCACACGUCGUGUACUGAGGACCGGAUCCAGCAUGCUCUGGACCGAUGUCUGGAUGGGCUCAGACCCAGCCCCACGACACCACAACCCUGGAACGGUAAGCCUCAUCUGGGCUGAGCAGGGUCGGACAUGGGGGGUGUAUUUCAUCUCUUCAUUGGUGACUUAGUUUUCAUUCUAAGGGAAAUUAUUUCGUAAGAAAGGCAUAAUAUGGUUGUUCACAUGAUAUGGAAAGCAGGCCUGUUCACGUGUCACUGUUGCAUGUAGUUCAUGUUAGAGUAUUGAUCCAAACUGUAGGAACAUUUUCUAAGUGUGGUGUCACAGAAAGUCUACAUGGUAUCAAAUAGCAUGAGAUGUUUCACAUUUCAAGUGUCCAGCAACAUGUAACCCCUCCACAAGGUCAUCUUCAUUACCUGUCAGUCAGACCACACUGACAGUAAAUCGUUUUUUCUCAACUUUUGAACACCAGAACUGUUCAUUUUGACAGGGAUAUUUGAAGCCCAGUAGGCCUAGUGAGUCUGUUGUUGUUAAACUGUCAGAGAAGUGUUAUUAUGUGCUAGAGGAAGUAUCAACGUCGACACUAUGGCUGUGGAGGAAGUGGUGGCACAGACCACCGCAGUGUGCCUGAAGUAUGAUGAGGUAGUGUGAGAGGGUAGGAUCGGUUAGUGUAGUAGAGUGUAGCAGCACCAACUGUGUCAGAUAUGAUACACCUACACACUGUGGUUUUAUAUGUCACGUUUUCAGAUGGUACCUUGUUGCCACAUAGGGUGUUGAAAGGAAGUUAUUAAUUUGUUCCAAGUACGCUGUGCACCCUUCAGGGAAGCUGCAUGUUCUAGUUUCAUAAACAUGUUACACAAUGUGGCAUGCUCCAUCUGAUGUGACGUGUUUGUUUCAGUCCUGAUGUGCUCGGUGGGCCAGUCUAUGAACCGCUGGAGUCUGGAGGAACUGGUGAAGAGAGACCCAGAGAACUUCCUCAUCCUCCUGCAGCAGAUCCUCAGGAAGACCCGAGAGGUGAGGGGUCACAGGUCAUUACUGAAAGGUCAGAGGCCAUCAUAACUCCUCUACUCAGGAUGCUGCUAUGACCUAGAUUCUUAUGGUCACAUGUCAUGAUGACCCCAAGCCUCCACAGAAUGUAGGUGGGAUUUUAGACACAGUCUGAUCUACAGCAUGGGAUUAGGAGCUGUAUGCCACCUUGUGGUGGGAAUUGAGAACUGAAACUGUAAAGUGUUUAUGUGAAUGAACUUUUGGGUCUCUGUAUGUGUGUGCAGGUUCAGGAGCAGUGUCAGUAUGAGCUGGUGGCUCCCCUCGCUAUCAUGUUCUCCUCCACUCUGCUACAGGUAAUGGUAAUCAAUAAAUCAAUCAAUCAAUCAAUUGAAGAAAUCAAACACGAGAACCCCAACCUUAGUCACCUCUAACUAUGUGUUUUUCUGGUUGCAGACCCCCUUCUGUCCCCCUGACAUGGAGCUGCUGGAGGAGGCCUGUGAGGUGUUUGGCUGUUUCCUGACGUGGCCAGAGCCUUACUGCAGUGUGUGUAAAGGACUGCUCUCCACUUUACACCAGGAAAUCAAGGCCCCAGGUAAACAUUGAAAGACAUGUGAACUACUCUAGGUUUUAUACAUCUAUCUAUGUUUCUGUGGGGUUUUUGAACUAUUCAUUUACUUCAUUGAUGAGCAACGUGGACUUUGGAUCAAUAUGAGGUCAAAAACAGACAUAUGAAAGAUGUGUAAGACGGCCUUUCUUUUUUGUGAAACACCAAGUGCCUAGGUUGACUUCUAUCUCAAUGGUCCGAGCCAUAGUUACUCAGGAGUGUAAUCAUUACGCCGAAACGUUUUGCAAUAAACUGUUUACUCCAAACACUGAAAACGCAAACAAGAGUUUCUAUUGAACAAAUUCAGGUAGGUCCCUCCCCGUUUCGUUCAGUUUGCUCUGUUUGAUUCAUUUGAUUCUUCAACGGUAAAUGGUUUCCGUAUGAAUACACCCCAUGUCAUGUACUGUGGCUCUGUCAACCAUGAUGAGUGACUGCCACCUAGUGACUCAAACAGAUAACACAGGAAGAUGAAACGCACAAAUACAGUGCCUUCAGAAAGUAUUCGCACCCUUUGACUUUUUCCACAUUUAGUUGUGUUACAGCCUGAAUUUAAAAUUGAUUAAAUUGAGAUUUUUUUUAUCACUGGCCUACACACAAUUCCCCAUAAUGUCAAAGUGUAAUUAUGUUUUUAGAAAUUUUAGAAAUUAAUAAAAAAUGAAAAGCUGAAAUGUCUUUAGUCAAUAAGUAUUCAACCCGUUUGUUAUGGCAAACCUAAAUAAGUUCAGGAGUAAAAAUGUGCUUAACAAGUCACAUAAUAAGUUGCAUGGACUCACUCUGUGUGCAAUAAUAGUGUUUAACAGGAUUUUUAGAUGACUACCUCAUCGCUGUACCCCACACAUACAAUUAUCUGUAAGGACCCUCAGUUGAGCAGUGCAUUUCAAACACAGAUGCAACCACAAAGACCAGGGAGGUUUUCCAAUGCCUCACAAAGAAGGGCACCUAUUGGUUAAAAAAAAGCAGACACUCAUAUCUCUUUGAGCAUGGUGAAGUUAUUAAUUACACUUUGGAUGGUGUAUCAAUACACACAGUCACUACAAAGAUACAGGCAUCCUUCCUAACUCAGUUGCCGGAGAGCAAGGAAGCCGCUCAGGGAUUUCACCAUGCCAAUGGUGACUUUAAAACAGUUAGAGUUUAAUGGCUGUGAUAGGAGGAAAACCGAGGAUGGAUCAACAACAUUGUAGUUACUCCACAAUACUAACCUAAUUGACAGAGUGAAAAGAAGGAAGCCUGUACAGAAUAAAAAUAUUCCAAAUCAUGCAUCCUGUUUUCAACAAGGCACUAAAGUAAUACUGCAAAAAUGUGGCAAAGCAAUUAACUUUUUGUCCUGAAUACAAAGUGAAAUGUUUGGGGCAAAUCCAAUACAACACAUUACUGAGUACCAGUCUCCAUAUUUUCAAGCAUAGUGGUGGCUGCAUCAUGUUAUGGGUAUGCUUGUCAUCGUUAAGGACUGGGGAGUUUUUCAGGAUAAAAAAGAAAUGGAAUGGAGCUGAGAACAGGCAAAAUCCUAGAGGAAAACCUGAUUCAGUCUGCUUUCCACCAGACACUAGGAGAUUAAUUCACCUUUCAGCAGGACAAUAACCUAAAACACAAGGCCCAAUCUACACUGGAGUUGCUUACCAAGAAGACAGUGAAUGUACCUGAGUGGCCGAGUUUUACAGUUAUGACUUAAAUCUACUUGAAAAUCUAUGGCAAGACCUGAAAAUUCUUGUCCAGCAAUGAUGAACAACCAAUUUGACAGAGCUUGAAGAAUUUUGAAAAGAAUAAUGGGCAAAUGUUGCACAAUGAAUGUGUGGAAAGCUCUUAGAGACUUACCCAGAAAGACACACAGCUGUAAUUGCUGCCAAAGGUGCUUCUACAAAGUAUUGACUCAGGGGUGUGAAUACUUAUGUAAAUGAGAUAAUUCUGUAUUUAAUUUUCAAUACAUUUGCAAAAAAAAUCUAAAAACAUGUUUUAACUUUCAUUAUGAGGGAUUGUGUGUAGAUGGGAGAGAAUUUUUAAAAAAUGUAAUCAAUUUUGAAUUAGGCUGUAACACAACUAUAUGUGGAAUAAGUCAAGGGGUAUGAAUACUUUCUGAAGGCACUGUAGAUAUAACAUAAUCGGAUGAACUUGAUCACCUCAAAGUGAUCAAGUUAGGUAAGUUAAGAGUCGAGUCAAGUUAGGUAAAUGUGUCUGCUCAAACAUGUGCCAUUGAUAAUGGAGAAGUGAUUUAGGGCUCUGUUGUAGCCUGUUCUUUGAAAGCGGAUGUGCGAUAUUUCAAUUCACAAAAGAAAGAAAAGCAGAACUAUGACAACCUCUCAACUACCUGGAAGAGGAUAGUGACAGAUCAAAUAAAGAAUCCCACUGAAAUCUGAGAAAGUCACGUCAGGUAGAGGCCAAUAAAUGAAUUAACUUGCAGUGUUGUGAAUGGGCCUCACUAUUUUGUGAUGUUGUGAGAUCAAAUUAUUAUGUAAUUGUGUGCAAUACAAUACUUUAGUGUGCAAGGAACAAUCAACUUAUUCAGCGUGUGUGUUCAUUUCACAGGGAUUUCCUAUCACAGACUGGUGAGAGAAGAGCAAGGCCUGGCCACCUCAAAACAUCACUCAAAAACAAUGUAGGUUGUCAACAGCUCAACUGCUAUAUUUUACUACAGCUUAUUAGAAAGUAUUGUGCAUUUUUGUCUUGCACAGGUCUGGAAAUCCCCUUCAGUUAUUGGUUCUCCCCACCCACUCCCAGCCCAAUAUAUCACUACUUCCUUUUCACUCUCGUGGGUUUUUCUUCUGUUAGCGUUCCCCUUGUUCUGUUUCUGUGUUACUGGGUGUGUAUUUAUGUGUGUAACAAAGGCAUUUGUAUCUUGCUGUUAUACAAUUAGUGUAACAAGGAAUAAUAAUAUUGACUCGUUUUUAGAGUGCAGACCUCUAUCACCCCUGUGUUUCCACCACGUCAACCCUAUGCCAUCUCAUCCCUAUAGGACGGUUCUGUUGAUGAACCCUGGUGAGGUACCUCCUGAGUUCUUGUCUGUAGCAGAGCAGCUGAGUAGUAUCCAACGGUCCCAGAGAGAGACAUACAUCACACUGGUCAAACAUGCCUACCAGGCUACUCUGGGCACCAAGUACCUCCUGGCCAACAUCCACAAAGCCCUGCAGGUACUGGACAACACAAUAUACCACUAGAGAGCUAUAGAGAUACCGAUAGAAAUAAAGUGAUUUUAGCAAAGAUUUUGUUAGUCUCGAUGGCUGUGUAAUCUGUUAGUUUUUCAUCAUGGUCAAAAUGAAUGUUUAGUAGUUUGAUAGUUUGUUAGUGCCUCUGAAAUGGACCACCUAUCUUCUGUACAGUAACAAAACAUAACUAUCUCUCCACAGGUCAAGAGUCUAGAGGAGCUGGCGGAGAUCUUCUCCAUGGUAACCGACGUCCUGGAGACGGCCGCUGCCAUGGGCGACCCGGUGAAAGGCCGUGAUCAUGUGACCCAGGGCCUGGAGGGGCUGAGGGAGAGGAUUGGCGUCCCAGCAUCCAAUGGCAGGAAGUCUGACGGUGAGAGGGCGGAGCCUAAUCGGUGCAUUGGUUUGUCAAAAUGAUAGAGGCUUAUGAGAAAAAUGUCCAUACAAUGUGUGUAAAUGUUGUUUUGUUGUAUUUAUUCUGUUUUUAGGAAUGCUGCAAACUCUACCACUGCCCACAGCCAAGUGCUACAUGUUUCACUGGGACAAGGACAACUUUGGUAAAGGACUUUUGUCUUCACUCUCUCAUGAAAUGGCUUGUCAUGGGAUCCCCCCCCCCCCCCGCCCCCCCUUGAGUCUGGUUCCUCUCAAGGUUUCUCCCUACCUAGGUUGACUUUCCUUUCUCUUUGGGGAUUUCGACUUGGAUUGUGACGAAUGAAUUUGUAGACGGUGCUUUACAGUACAUGUAACUGAUAGACUGUGUCCUUGUGAUUUUCAGACAUCCUCAACACCAUCCUGGAGAACGAGCAUGACCUAACCGGCUUCCAGACCUCCAGUGGUCAGGGUGACGGCGAAGAUGAGGAGGAGGAGGAGGAAGGGGCAGAGUUCGACCUGGAGGAGGAAGAGGGAGAGACGGAAGAGGGAGAGGAGGAGUUUGUCUCCGCCAUGUCUAUGUACAACUGCUACAGAGUGGACCACCGAGCCUCUACCUUCUCCACCGUCUCCUCCCUCUCCACUGCCUCUAAAGACUCCAUGUACUCCACCUUGUCCUUGGCCUCCGGAUCCCACGCCCCCUCCGUCCUCUCAGUCACUUCCGGCAUCGACAGCGACUUCUACGAAGACCCCGAGGACGGCCACCGCCACCUCCACCUCCAGCCCCUCCCCUUCGGAACGGAGCCCAUCGUCCGGCAAGUCAGCCAAAGCUUCGGCCCGUCUGAGCCAGCACCUCUCCCGUCUCUUCAAGACAAAGACUCAGUCCCUGACCAGAGCCAAGAGCCUCGGCAGCCCAGAUGCUAAGGACUUGGUCGUGGUUCGUUCCAAGCGCUCCAACUCCCUCCCGCAGCAGGUGCAUCUACGCAGCCCAGACUCCCUGUUCCAGACCCCCUGUACCCCCCAGGCCCUCAAGCACGUGUGCUUCCGCCGGAGGCCCAUCCUGAGCAGUGACGAGGAGGGCAACAGUAAUGCCACCACCCUGAGGGUGGUAGUGUUUGGGGCCGACCACGUUGCGGGCAAGGUGGCGAGGGCCUAUAGUAACCUACGACAGAGAGAGAACGUUUGCCCGCGCCUCAGCAGAGCCUUCCGGCUGCAAUUCUACUUUGUGCCCGUGAAGAGGGACGGUGUUGUGAGGUGCCCCAGUCCCAGGUGCCCUAGCCCUGGAGGCCAGUCGGCAAGCCCACGGAGAGGAAGUACAUCCUGUACAGUGAGUCCAACUCUUAUAGUAUAGUGGCCCUAUCAGGGUUGGGGUCAAUUCUAUUUCAAUUCAGUCAAUUGGGGAGAUAAUUGAAAUUUUAUUUGUAAUAUUGAAAAGUGCUACUAUUUAAGUUUUUUCAAUUCAUACUUUUAACUUCAAUUCCCUUCCUGAAUUGAUGAGGUUGACCCAAACCCUGGUACAGUUUAUGGUGCACCAUAAGAGACAUCAGCUCUAAAAUUUAUAAUUCUAGAUUAUGGGUUGAGUGCUUUUUAGGAUACGUGACUGUUUCUGUUUGCCUGGCGACCCAUCCACAUCGCACCGGCCAAACGCCACGCCCACUAGCGUUUCUUCUCCACAAUGAAUGUAUGGAGAGAUUGAUAGAGCAACGGAAUUCAAUUCAGGAUGAGUCGUCAGGCAAUGUUUCUGUGGCCAUACAAUACUAUUACUACUGCAGCUAAAAUGAAGAGAGACUGACGUAUUGUGUUGUAUUGUUCUUUUAGGAGCUCAACAAUCUGGGCACAGAAGACAGCACUAACGACAUAGCCCGUUUCAUUGGUAUGCUGGACCCCUGGUACGAACGCAACACCUUGAGCCUGCUCAGUCUACCAGCCAACGUGGUGUGUCAGGUAAGACCGCAUUUUGUGUGUGUGUGUGUGUGUGUGUGUGUGUGUGACAUAUCAAAUGCUGAAAUUUUUUUUGUCUCGCACAUAGUCAAUGGUAUUUACUGUGUCUUGCAGCAAACCUCUAAGAUAGAGUCUGAGCUGUAUGAUAGUUCCUAUGAGGAUCGUCUGCCCAUCCUGGCUGACCUGGUGUUAUACUACUGUCGCCAUGCCACCCGGCCUGCACUGAUGCAGCUCUACCAAGCUGAGGUGAGGCCUGGAGUCUGUCUGUCUCUUUCUCUUUCUCUCUCUCUCUCUCUCUCACUCACACACACACUGCACAUCUCCUAUACUCAUCCUCCAUGUUAUAAAUGUGUGUAUUGAGUGUUUGAUGUCCUUGGGAUUGUAGAUGACGUUAGCUGGAGGCGAGAGGAGGACAGAGGUGUUCAUCCACUCCCUAGAGCUGGGCCACACCGCGGGAACACGAGCCAUCAAGGCCAUGGGUACUUACAUCUUCCUCAGCCCAGUCUCCUAGCAACCAGCCCAUAAUAAACAACAGGCAGUUAAGAUUUUCCAAAUAAAAAAUAUGCAUCUUGACUUCAGCCGGGAGUCCAAGGUCUGGAUGGAUUAUGGUUAUGGGAAAAUCUGCUGUAUCAAUCUAUGAUUCAGAGACUACAUUUGUCUAAUUUGUUCCUCCAUGUCAUUUCUUUUAUGAUACAUGACUGAAUCUCUUCCACCGCUUUUUGCUUAUUAAAAAAACAAAAUAAUACUAAUUGUAUAAAUCAUAAUUCUUCGUAUUCAUCAUCAUCAUCAUCAUCAAUGAUUGAUUAUUCUUCAUCAUCAUCAUGUUCAGCUCUAUGGCUGUACCCUAAUAUGAAGCUCUGUGUUUAUCCUUUGUAGGUGCCGCAAGCAAGAGGUUUGGGAUUGAUGGCGACCGGGAGGCAGUCCCUCUGAUGUUAGAGGUGGUUUAUAACAGGGUAAGGUGGUGUUCAGUAGCUCUUCAUCCUUCUAGAAACAUACUAACGUGUCAACAGCAUAAUUAAUCAUCAAUAUCUUUGCCUGAUGCAUUUCUGAUGUAUUUCUCUCUCUCCUUCUUCCUUUUCUCUUUCAGGUGGUUAUCAGUGGGAGAAGUCAAUGGACGACAAAAGACAAAGUUUGCACCUCCAUCAACCUGACCAAAGCCUGCAAGAAUCCAGAGGAACUAGGUAAUAUAACUACAGCAAUAAAAUAAACUACAGUAAUACAAUGUUCUGCGGUUCAUUCAUGAAUUGGACAUUUCUUGGCUCACACAUGUUAGAGAGCAGCGACAUCAGUUAGGUUUGAACGUUUGUUUCAAAAAUGCAGAAAUCGUGUUUUGAUCCUUUCCUCCCCCCACGGUUUAGAUGCGAAGAUGGAGUGCUUGCAGUUGACAAUGACAGAAGUACUGAAAAGGCAAAACUCAAACAAAUCUAAGAAGGGCUACAAUCAGGUGAGCAGGAUGUUGUCAGAUCGAGUUUGUGUGACUUGCGGUUAGACAAUGUUCAUCAACAACUUUACAUAAACCACUGUGCUCUAUAAGGACUCCAUAAAGAGGUCUGUAGCAACAUCUCAUCUCUCAUACCCUGAGAAUGAACUUAUUUCUAGAUCGACCUGAUAAGAAACCCAAUGCACACUUUCACAAACACAUCUCAGUUUCUACCUUAACAGAGCACGACUUUCACUUGAGUUUUUUUUAUUUAUUGUCCAACCCUUUUCCUGUUCACUUGAUCUUACAUUAAUGUGAGACACUGCAUCCUGUAGCUCCGACAAAUAUAGCAUUAAUGCCACUAAUAAUGCUUUUAUUAAGCCUAGUCCUAAACACUUUCACUGGAGAUUAUCCUUUGGUCAUGCUUUUUAAAUCCAGGACUAUGUUUAAUCUGUUUCUGGGAAAACGACCCUUAGAGUCCUAAAAUGUACUUGUAUUCCUUCUAAUGGUCCGUUUCUACCUGACAGCAACUGAGCAUUACUGAGGUGAAGGUGGACAAGGUGCAGGUUAGUGGGGCUGGUAACACCACCUUCGCUGUGUGUCUGGACCAGGAUGAGAAGAAGAUCUUCCAGGGUGUCACCAGGUACAGGCAUACACACACACACAUACACACACACACACACACACACACACACACACACACACACACACACACAGUCUUGUACAACUAACCUUGUGGGGACACACAAUUCAGUCCCAUUCAAAAUCCUAUUUUCCCUAACCCCUAAACCUAACCCUUACCGUAACCCAAAACCUAACCUUAAACCUAACCCUAGCUCCUAACCCUAAAACUAACCAUAGCUUCUAACCCUAAACCUAAUUCUAACCCUAACACUAAUUCUAACCUUAACCCAAACCCCCUAGGAAUAACAUUUGGCCUUUUGGGGACCAACGAAAUGUCCCAGUUGGUCCAAUUUAUGUUUGUUUACCAUUCUUAUGGGGACUUCUAUUCCCCACAAUAUAGUUAAACACAACCACACACACACGGACACACACACUGACCGCACCGUCUCCUUCCCUCCGUCCUUCUCUCCCAGGUGUGAGGUAUCUGUAUGCUACAAGCCUGACAGCUCUACAGACUGGAGGUUAGGCCAGGGCCUGUCCGCCCAGAUCCAGCCUCUCCACCCCACCUUCUGCUCCCUCCUCUGCCUGCCCAUAGCCACCUUCAGUGGAGCACAGCCCUGA